GGAAAUCGUUGUUACGAUGACUUUUACUUUGUUUGUUAGUCAGUUUCAAGCAAAAUGAAAUUCGUUUUAGCUUUUUUGGCCGUCGUCGGCAUCGCCUAUGCGGCGAGCAAUGUCAAAGUUACCAGCAAAUCCACCAAGGACAUUUCCAUUAAAUUGGAAAGAACCAUCCCAAUUAAAAACCCAGCCAUCCAAGCUUAUUUAACCAAAGCAGUCCAAGAACGUAGCCCAAGACUUGAUAUGACUAUUGAUUUCAUCGUCGAUAAAGUUUUAGGAGAAGCCGUUGAUUUGUUGCUUGACAACAAUUUGGAUCCUCUUUCUCUCCCUGAAAUUCAUUUAGGUUUCGAAUAUCAACCAGCCCUCAUUACUUAUCACGGGGAACUUGAUAUGGUUGGAGGUUGGGUUCAAGAUAUCAUCACCAUCCAUAGAACUGGAUCAUCCACCGUUUCUUUAGACGGUAACAUCAUCGGAGCUAGAAUCCCAAUUGGUUUUGAUGACAUUAUUCUCACUUACUUAUACAGCGCCACUAUAAUGGAUUUGGGACCACACGGAUCUAUCCAUGGAAAACUUUACGAUGUUGAUGCCUAUUUUGAUGUCACCAUUGAUACGGAUGCCAUGACUGUUACCAUGAAUGAAUUUAAUUUAAAUACUGGCAAACUUUCAUUGAAAUUCUACGGAUAUGGAAUCAUCGAUUGGCUCGUUAACUUGCUUAUUGAUGUUGUCGAAGAUGUUCUCCACGAACAAAUUGUUGAUAUCUUAAACAAAGUUGUUGGCGCCGUCGUUGAAUACAUCGUUGAGUACCUCAACGAAAAUCUUGGAGAUCUUUUGGGACGCCAUUUAGAAGGAGAACCCAAAUUGACCAUUGGACAUCAAAUGCCAAAAGUUAACCUUCGUCAAAUCUUGAGACCAACACAAUAAGUUUAAUGAUAAAUAAAAAGUAGAAUGGUUUAAAUGGAAUAAAAUGUGAUUAUUUUUUCUAAAAA